AUGGUUGGAAAUUCCAAUAGAGUUGAUACCUUUGAAACCAUUAAAAUUCAACCAGAGAUACCAAUGUUCCAAUCACCAUUUGAAAUCCAUAAGGUGAGAUUGCCACCACAAAGAACCACUCUUCAAAAACUUAGACUUAGACUCUCUGAAAUCUUUUUUCCUGAUGACCCUUUUCAUGGAUUCAAAAACCAAACUUGGAUCAUCAAGUUUCUUCUUGCUCUUCAAUAUUUGUUCCCUAUUUUUCAAUGGGGUCCUCAGUAUAAUCUUAAACUUCUUCGCUCCGAUAUCGUCUCCGGCCUCACCAUCGCUAGUCUUGCCAUUCCUCAGGGAAUCAGUUAUGCCAAGCUUGCAAACUUGCCACCUAUUAUUGGAUUAUAUUCAAGUUUUGUGCCUGCUUUGAUAUAUUCAAUACUUGGAAGUUCUAAACAUCUUGCUGUUGGUCCAGUUUCAAUAGCAUCAUUAGUUAUGGGAUCAAUGUUAAGUGAAAGUGUUUCCUAUAAUCAAGAUCCAAUUCUCUAUCUUAAAUUGGCUUUCACUUCAACUCUUUUUGCUGGUUUAUUUCAAGCUUCUCUUGGUGUAUUAAGGCUAGGAUUUGUAAUUGAUUUUCUAUCAAAGGCAACAUUGGUUGGUUUCAUGGCUGGUGCUGCAAUAAUUGUGUCACUUCAACAACUCAAAGGAUUGCUAGGAAUUCUUCACUUCACCAAUAAGAUGCAAAUUGUUCCUGUAUUAGCCUCUGUUUUCAAGCAAAGAGAUGAGUGGUCAUGGCAAACAAUUUUGCUAGGAAUUAGUUUCCUAGCCUUCUUGCUAACAACAAGACACAUUAGCAUGAAGAAGCCAAAAUUAUUCUGGAUUUCAGCAGCUGCUCCAUUGACUUCAGUUAUUCUUUCAACAAUUUUAGUCUUUUCAAUGAGACAUAAGAUCCAUAAAAUAGCAAUUAUUGGUGAAUUGCCAAAGGGAAUUAAUCCACCAUCAUCAAAUAUGUUAUUCUUCAAUGGUCCUUAUUUGGCUCUAGCUAUCAAAACAGGACUUGUCAGUGGAAUCUUGUCUCUCACUGAAGGAAUUGCAGUUGGAAGAACAUUUGCUUCACUUAGGAACUACCAAGUGGAUGGAAACAAAGAAAUGAUGGCUAUUGGUCUUAUGAACAUAGCUGGUCCUUGUUGUUCAUGUUAUGUCACAACAGGAUCGUUUUCUCGAUCUGCCGUUAACUACAAUGCUGGAGCACAGACAGCAGUAUCGAACAUAAUCAUGGCAUCAGCAGUUCUUGUGACACUUCUGUUUCUCAUGCCGCUGUUCUAUUACACGCCGAAUGUUAUCUUGGCAGCCAUUAUCAUCACCGCUGUUAUCGGUCUGAUCGAUUUUCAAGUAGCUUAUAAAUUGUGGAAGGUUGACAAGCUUGAUUUCUUGGCGUGUUUGUGUUCCUUUUUCGGUGUUCUCUUCAUUUCAGUUCCAAUAGGCCUUGGAAUCGCGGUGGCGAUAUCGGUAUUCAAAAUCCUGCUUCAUGUUUCUAGGCCAAACACAUUGGUUUUAGGAAACAUUCCAGGCACACCAAUAUUCCACAACCUAAAUCAAUAUAAAGAUGCUCUAAGGAUUCCUUCAUUUAUCAUUUUGGCUGUUGAGUCUCCCAUAUAUUUUGCCAAUGCAACUUACCUGCAAGAAAGAAUACUGAGAUGGGUCCGAGAAGAGGAAGAAUAUGUAAAAGCAAACAAUGGAAGUAUGUUGAAAUGCGUUAUUUUAGACAUGACAGCCGUGACAGACAUAGACACAAAUGGAAUCGACACGUUAUGUGAACUUAGAAGGAGACUGGAGCAAAAAUCACUCCAGCUUGUGUUGGCGAAUCCGGUGGGAAGUGUGAUGGAAAAAUUGCACGAGUCAAAUAUUUUGGAAUCCUUUGGAAUGAAAGGAUUGUAUCUCUCGGUAGGAGAAGCCGUGGCUGACAUUUCAUCAUCAUGGAAAGCUCAGCCUUGA